CGGUUCGGAGUAACGUCGGUAAUGCAGCGCUCUGCGAUCCUCGCCACGACGAUUCGUGCUUGCACUUCUUUUCUCCAAGUUCACCCUCCCGCGGGAACAUCCCUCGAUCGCCAGGAAGAGACGCGGAUUGACGCGGUGUAAGAUUCGCGUUUGCGCUUCACCUCCGGUUAUCAUGCCGACGCCGUGCGACUCUCGUCGCGACGGAGCCGCGGGACGUGGUGUCGCGUGAGCGUGAGCGGAACAACGAGCGUUUCAUGGCGUGACACGCGCGUGCCAAGUCGCCAUGGAGUGAAACGUCAGACGUGUGCGGACAGGGCGCACGCGGCCCAAUUGCUGGCUUCUGAAGGAGGAUGGCCCUCGUCAGUCAGGGUCAGGGAAUUGGGGAGGCCGCGGAUUUCUUAACGAGGUACCACAACAUCUCGAACAAACUGAAGAAACGAUUCCUGAGGAAGCCGAACGUCGCGGAGGCAUGUGAUCAGUUUAGUGCCUUAGCUACCGAAUGCGAACAGAAGGAACUGUGGCAGUACGCAGGCUUGUGCUGGUUGGCGGCCGCUAGAUGCCAGGGUACAUUGGAGAACGCCUCUUCUGAAAUAAAUCUUCUGGUCAAGGCUGGGAGGCAAUUCCUCACGGCUGAGAAAAAAGAUAACGAUGUGGGAUGCCCCUCUAUAGGCCAAGAGAACAUACAGGCGGCUGUGAGUUGCUUCGGCCAUUCCAUGGCUAGAUGCAGCAAUCAACCGGGAUUCAACACAAUUUCCGCCGGUUUAUCAGUGGAGCUGGCGCUAGCGUUGGGCCCGGGUCCCGCUGGUAUCCAACAGUUGCGCAAAGCCAUCGACAUCUUUCCUACAUCAAAAGCUAUCAAUACCUUAGUGUCUUUCCAUAUAAAACAGGGAGAUUACGUAGCUGCAUUACAAAUUCUCAAUGAAUUUGUAGAAUUUGUAGAAGCUUGUGUCGUGGCUGGCGCUAGAGGAAACUACAACGCAAUCCUACAUAGGUGCGAAGUGACGCGAGUGCUUCUGCUGCUCAUUCUUCAGCCUUCACCUCAGAGAUUGACACCAUCUCUCGCCCAGGUCCUCGAAAAGUAUGCGUGGGCAGAAGAGAAUGUGAACAACGGUCUCAAUAUGAGCGAGGAUGAACUAUUAUUGCUGCAAUCCCUAGUAUUAGCGUGCCAGUCUCACGAUCAUCAAGCGGUGUUGGAGCUCGAGAGCGAGCUUUAUCCUUACUUCGACACAGAGCAAAAGGAACUGUUGCAUAAACUGAUACAAGUAGUAUCGACGCAGUAAAUAUACAAUAACGCCACGA